AUGGAUCUGGGCCUGUUCCAGGGAAAGGCAUGGAUCUGGGCCUGUUCCAGUGAAAGCAGGAUACCCUUCUUUUCGGACUCGUUAAAGGAAAAAGUUACUUCCAGUCUGCGGGGACAGCAGCUAUCAACCUAUGUGUUGUGGGUGAACAGCCAGUUGAAGAGGCGACCAGGCCUGAAGCCCAUCACAGACCUCAGAGUAGACCUGCAGGAUGGAGUGGUGUUAUCACACCUGGUGGAGAUAGUGGCGGGGGAGGAGUUGGAGGGGGUACAUCAGGCUCCCAGGGACCGAGAGGAGAGCAGGGAGAACGUGGAGCGAGUCCUCAACUUCAUCACCUCCAGACGCAUACGCAUGCCUCACACCUCUGCUCGGGAUAUAGUAGAAGGUGAUCUGAAGUCAGUGAUGAGGUUGAUUCUGGCUCUAGCCGCCCACUUCAAACCAUCAGCCAAUCAGAGAGCAGCGUCCAGGGGUGGAUGGAGCAUGGCGGGAGCCGCAGCCAACCACAGGACACUCUCCACAGUUGCCAUGGCGCAGAGCGCAGCAACAGCAUUGGCAGCCGCACGACACGACGCAGAGGGAACAGCUAGUGGUUGGGGUAUGCUUGUAGAUGAGGAUGGAGGUGUGUGUGUUCGUGCUCUGGUCCAGCAGUACGAGAGACGACCGCCAGACGAUCCUGACACAACACCAAGCAGUUCCCCCAGAGCCCUGCCCACCAGCCAAUCAGACAACAGAGAGCCGGAGGAGAGCCAACCAGAGAGAAGCACUAAGGCAGGUUGGGAGAGUCCUCUGACUGAGAGCCUGGAGAGAGAGAUGCAGGAGACACGGAGAAUGGUGUCAGCUCUACAGGCCCUGUUACUUCAUGGGUGUCUGCCAGAUGAUGAGCAGGAGACGUUGAAUCUGACUCUGGGAGAAGAAAACACUGAACAACAACUGGUGGUAAUUCGUAGUCAUCUAGAUCAGAGUAUGGAGGAGACUCAGGAGCUGAAGAGAGAGCUGUUACGUUGUAAACAGGAGGUACGAAACCUGCGUGGAGUCAAGGAGGCACAGCAGCAAAGAUUGUUUGCCCAGGAGGAGUGUAUGUUGCAGCUAAAACAGGAGCAGCUCAGAGCCAGCAUGACCCAGGACCAACUCACCAGCCUCAACGCGGAGCUACAGAGGAAGUUGGAUGAGAGGAGCAGGUUGCUGAGUGAGUGCAAGAAGGAACUUGGACAGAAGGACCGACUGCUGCAGCAGCACAAACACAAACUGGAGGAGAGCCAGCUGCAGAAGGCUGGCUUGCAGAGAGAGCUGGAGUGUAAAGACAACAUGUUGCAGGAGAUGAUGAGUUGUCAUGGUGACCAGGCCCCGCCCCACCUCACGGCCACACCCCUUCCCUCUGGGGCUGAGGAGCUGCAGCUGGUGCGAUCAGCGUUGAGGAGUCUGAGAGGAGUGUUCAGAGAGCAGGAUCCUCAACACCACACUCUGGAUACACUGGAGCAGGGCAUCACAUCACUGACCGACAGACUGACAUACACACACCAGGGGAAGUCUUCAGGAUGCAACAGAGCCACACACAACCAGCACGACUCCUGGCCUCCAAGCAAGAUGGCCCACUCCUACAGUAGUCCAUUGCUGAGCUCGUGUGGUUCCACUAAGGUCCUCUACUUUACAGACCACUCACACACACCCUGCAUGAUCCACAUCAACAAGAGGUUGGGGAAAGUCACUCUGAGAGAUGUGAAGACUGCAGUAGACAGAGAUGACAACUACAGAUUCCACUUCAAAGCCCUCGACCCCGAGUUUGGUACCGUCAAAGAAGAGGUAUUUGAAGACGAGGCGUUGGUUCCAGGCUGGGAGGGGAAGAUAGUGGCCUGGGUGGAGGAGGACAACGGAGAGGAGAGGAUUAAAGGACCUAGCUGCUGAGGAACUAGAGGACCUAGCUGCUGAGGAACUGAAGGGAACUAGCUGCUGAGGAACUGAAGGGAACUAGCUGCUGAGGAACUAGAGGACCUAGCUGCUGAGGAACUGAAGGGACCUAGCUGCUGAGGAACUAAAGGACCUAGCUGCUGAGGAACUGAAGGGAAC